AUGAUCACCUCAACAACUACAAAAAGAUUGGCUUCUAAAGCCUCUGCCGCUCAGGCUUCCAUCCUUUUCACUAGAUUCUACUCUUCAAAACUUCCUCUUUCUGUCAAUGUCAACUUGCCAAAUGGGAAGUCUUAUAACCAACCAACUGGGUUAUUUAUUGACAACAAGUUUGUCCCUUCAAGACAAGGGAAAACUUUUGAAGUUAUAAACCCAGCUACUGAAGAUGAAAUUACUCAUAUCUAUGAAGGUCGCGAAGAUGAUGUUAACCACGCCGUUGAAGUUGCUGAAAAGGCCUUUAAAUCUGGUGUUUGGUCUCGUGUUGAUCCUUUAGUUAGAGGUAAUGCUAUCAACAAAUUGGCUGAUUUGAUUGAACAAGAUGCUGAAACCAUUGCUUCUAUUGAAUCUUUGGAUAAUGGUAAAGCCAUCUCAUCUGCUCGUGGUGAUGUCGCUCUUGCUGUCAAUUAUCUAAGAUCUUGUGCUGGUUGGGCCGAUAAAGUUGAUGGUCGUACUAUUAACUCUGGUGAUGGUCAUUUCUCUUACACUAGAAGAGAACCAAUUGGUGUUGUUGGUCAAAUCAUCCCAUGGAAUUUCCCAUUAUUAAUGUGGUCAUGGAAAGUUGGUCCUGCCUUAGCUACUGGUAACACCAUUGUCUUGAAAUCUGCUGAAUCUACUCCUUUAUCUGCUCUUUAUGUCUCUCAAUAUGUUGAACAAGCUGGUAUCCCAGCUGGUGUUUUAAACAUUGUUUCUGGUUUUGGUAAGAUUGUUGGUGAAGCCAUUGCUACUCAUGAUAAAAUUAAAAAAGUUGCAUUUACCGGUUCUACUGCUACUGGUCGUCAUAUUUUGAAAGCUGCUGCUGAUUCUAACUUGAAAAAAGUCACUUUGGAAUUGGGUGGUAAAUCACCAAACAUUGUUUUCAACGAUGCUGAUGUCUCCAAAACUGUUCAAAACAUCAUUUUAGGUAUUUACUACAACUCUGGUGAAGUUUGUUGCGCAGGUUCAAGAUUAUAUGUCCAAGAAGGUAUCUAUGAAGAAUUAUUGAACGAAUUCAAGACUGCUGCUGAAGCUGUUAAAGUUGGUGAUCCAUUCCAAGAAGAUACUUUCCAAGGUGCUCAAACUUCCCAAAAUCAAAUUGACAAAAUUUUACAAUAUGUUAAAUUAGGUAAAGAAGAAGGUGCUAGAGUUAUCACUGGUGGUGAAAGAUUAGGCACUAAAGGUUUCUUUGUUAAACCAACAGUUUUCGCUGACGUUGAAGAAUCUUUUAGAAUUGUUAAAGAAGAAAUUUUCGGUCCUGUUGUUACAAUCACUAAAUUCUCAACUGUUGAUGAAAUUGUUGAAAAGGCUAACAAUUCUUCAUAUGGUUUAGCUGCUGGUAUUCAUACUACCAACUUGAACACUGCUAUUGAUGUUUCAAACAGAAUUGAAGCUGGUACCAUCUGGAUUAAUACUUACAAUGAUUUCCAUCAUCAAGUUCCAUUUGGUGGUUUCAAACAAUCUGGUAUUGGUAGAGAAUUGGGUACUGAAGCUUUGGAUAACUAUACCCAAGUUAAAGCUGUUAGAAUCAAAUUGGAUUAA